AAGAAGAAGAAAACGAUAACCUAAAACGCGCAAAAUCGCAUCUUUAUUUUGUAUUUGUAUUUUAUAUUAUUUUGUGGUGCGGUUUUGUCUAGAGAAUUUUCCAAUUGUCAUAACUAAAUAAGAAAUGUCCGAUACAGUAGAUAUUUCCCCAAAUAAGGAUGGAGGCGUCCUAAAACAAAUAAUACAAGAAGGAAUUGGCAAUGAAUUACCACCUCAAGGGUGCAAAGUUAAAGUACAUUACACCGGGACUCUUACAGAUGGAACAAAAUUCGAUUCAAGCCGAGAUAGAAACGACGCUUUUAAGUUUGAUUUGGGAAAAGGUAACGUAAUUAAAGCAUGGGACAUUGGAGUCGCCACAAUGAAAAGAGGAGAAAGGGCAAUUUUGACAUGUGCUCCAGAAUACGCUUACGGAAAAGCAGGCAGUCCUCCAUCGAUUCCACCGGAUUCCACCUUAAAAUUUGAUGUUGAAGUCUUGGAUUGGCAAGGUGAAGAUUUAAGCCCUAAACGAGAUGGAGGUAUUGAGAGAUUGCAGAUUACACCAGGAGAAGGAUAUACAACUCCUAAUGAUGGUGCAGUAGUCGAAGUUCACGUGGUAGGCAAAUAUGAAGGAAAUGUUUUCGAGGAUCGUGACAUCACUUUCACAAUUGGCGAAGGUUCUGAGGCGAAUAUUAUACCAGGCGUUGAACACGCUAUAGAAAAAUUUAAGAAACACGAAACAUCUCGAUUAUUGAUAAAACCGCAAUAUGCAUUUGGCAGUACUGGAAAUGCUAAUUACAAAAUACCUCCAAAUGCCACAGUAGAAUAUGUAGUCACGUUAAAGAAUUUUGAAAAGGCGAAGGAAAAUUGGUCUUUAGGCGCCCAGGAAAAAAUUGAACAGUCGAAACUUUUUAAGGAAAAGGGCACUGCGUAUUUUAAAACGGGAAAAUACGAACUGGCUAUUAAAUUGUACAAGAAAAUACAGUCGUUUUUGGAUUCCGAGAAAGAUAGUGCAGUUGCCGAGGAAAGGAACUCUCUCCUUCUGGCGUCUUACCUAAAUGUUGCUUUGUGCAACUUAAAGCUUCAAAACUACUUCGAAGCUAAAAACGCCGCGACGAGCGCUUUACAAAUUGAUCCCUUCAACGAAAAGGCGCUCUUCAGACGGGGUCAAGCAUUUUUAAAUCUAGGCGAGCCGACUCUAGCUAGCAAUGACUUCACUGAAUGUCUAAAAAUCGACGCUAAUAAUACAGCGGCAAAAGCCCAGUUAGCGAUUUGCACCAAGACGUUGAAAGAGCAGUUGCAAAAGGAAAAGAAAAUAUACGCAAACAUGUUCGACAAGUUCGCAAAGAUGGAUACACAGAGAGAAGAGUUCGAAAAGACAAAGCAACCUAACGUUAUGAGUUCUGUGGGUGAAUGGGGGCAGGAGGAUAGGGAGAGGGAGCCCAGCGAGUUUGAGAAAGAAAAUCCGGAUAUAUUGUUGCUUAACGGAACUGGAGAAUUUAAAGAUAUGUAGAUGCGAUAAGAGGAUUCCACUUUUUUUAUGUUUUUGUUGGUCAAUAAAUGUAGCACUUCAA